AUGUCUACGAAGCAGCAGAAGACAAUGAUGCCUCCCAUCAAUUGCAUUUACAACUAUUUGCAACAACAGACUACUGUUACUUUCUGGUUAUAUCAGCAGACACAGAUGAGGAUAAAAGGUAAAAUUAAUGGGUUUGAUGAGUUUAUGAAUGUUGUAAUAGAUGAUGCAUUACAAAUCCCAGUUGAUGAGAAGAGUGGGAACGAACUUCCUGAGAAGGCUGUGAAGUUAGGUAGAAUUUUGCUUAAAGGCGAUAACAUCACGCUAAUAACCGCGUCAGACUAG